UCAAAUCGAUCUGUCAGAAAACCUCUCUAUUAAUUAAGCUGACCUGGAAAUUGUCAGAUUUAUACGAAUUCACAACGAAUCUUUUCUAUAUAUAGAAGGAUUCUUAGAGCACCAAGCUUGUCCAUCAAUGGAGUCUAAAAUCAUGGCAGCUCCGAAGCCAAACGAGGAAGAAAUAACCGCCGUCGAGGAUCUUCGAAAGUGCAUUUUUCAAUUCACUGAAUUGGCCGUCGUCCGAUGUGUCGUCGAGCUCGGAAUUCCCGACAUCGUCGAGACCUGUCCCGACGGCACGGCGACGUUGGCCGAGCUUUCCUCGGCCUCCGGGUGCUCCCCCGACUUCCUCCACCGUAUUAUGCGGUUCUUGACUCAUCACGGCGUUUUCAAAGUCGUGGGAAUCGACAGUGGAGAUUCAUCGAUUGCUUACGCCCACACGGCGAUCUCCCGUCUCCUCACCAAGGAUCGGAUGGCUCCCAUGGUUCUAUUCUUGAGUAGCCCCGAGCUCGUAAACUCCAAGCUCAGCUUGUCGAAAUUCCUCACGUCGAAAGCGCAAGAUUCGAAUGCGUUCGAGGCCGCGCACGGCGUGGAUUUUUUGAGUUAUAUGGUCGCGAAUCCUUCGUUCAACGAGUUGUUUUCCAAGUGCAUGUCGUGCCUAGGGGGCGCGCACAUAUCGUUGGUGAUUGAAUACUACUCGGCCGCGUUUGAGGGGAUCGGUUGUCUUGUCGAUGUCGGGGGUAGCGAUGGAACCGCGCUCCGUAAGUUGGUGAAAGCGUGCCCGUCGAUUGUCCGAGCCAUCAACUUCGAUCUUCCCCAAGUCGUGGCCAUGUCGCCCGGAGGCGAUGACCGUAUUGAGCACGUCGGAGGCGACAUGUUCGUCGAAGUUCCGCGUGGCGACGCUAUUUUGCUUAUGUCGGUACUUCAUGAUUGGGGGGACGAGGAAUGUGUAAAAAUCUUGAAGAAUUGCAAAGAGUCGAUACCAAAGGAGACGGGGAAAGUGAUUAUUGUCGAAACUGUGGUUGACCACGGCAACCUUAAAAACACCUUCGAAGAAUAUCAUUUGGCAAUAGACAUGGAAAUGUUGUCCCAAUCUACUAAGGGGAAAGAGAGAAAUGCAAAAGAAUGGGCCGAUCUUCUCAAAUCUUGCGGCUUUUCUAAACACACCAUCAAAUAUAUUCCAGCACCAAUUUCUGUUAUCGAAGCUUAUCCCUAAUUAAUUUGAAUUAUUUGAACCUUUUUAUUCAUUAAAAAAAAAAAAAAAAAAAGAAAA